AUGACGUCACGUGUUAACGCACAUCCCCUCGGCCCGGAGCACCAGGCUGUGAGAUUUGCGAAAACUAGGAGACCCCUUUCCAAGCCCGUGGAUCAAAACUUUGCAGCCAUCUCAAUUCAGGGAACAUCAAGCUGUAAUGCUUUGGAAGAUGGAGUUGACGAAGGCUCUGCCUUCAAGCAUGUUAGUCCAAAUGGCAAGACAGAAGCUGAAGUCAGAGACACUGGCACUGGCAAUCCAUUAGAUGAUGGAUCUGUGAAAAAAUUGGAAGAUAUGCAACAUGAGCAAAUGGACAAUGACUUGGCGGAUUCAGGGGAUGAAAUGGCUCAUGGGGCAUUGGUGACUUGGCUCAGUAUAAAUCCUAUUCGAUCUGCGAUCUUCGAUUUUGAGUCUGAUUUGGGUGAUCUCAUGUUCGAUUAA